AUGGGAGUUCCUGGAUUAUGGGAUAUCUUGAACAAAGCUGGCAAGUCUCGUUCCUUGGUACACCUUGCCGUCGUCGAUGGAUUUGAGAAGAAUGUUUCGCGUAGGCGUGCAUACAGGGUUGGCAUCGACGCCAGCAUUUGGUUCCACCACGCUGCCUUUAGCAAGGGUGGGGAAAACUGGGAGCUUCGGACUCUCUUCUUUCGAUUGAUUUCCUUAUUAAAGCUACCGAUCUUGCCAUUAUUUGUUUUCGAUGGAAGGGAGCGGCCCAAGGUUAAGCGGGGAAGCAGGUUGGGAAAGUCAGGCUCUCAUGCACUUUCUAAGAACUUCAAGGAGUUCCUUGAUGCGUUCGGAAUAGAAUGGAGAGAGGCGAGAGGAGAAGCGGAAGCGGAACUGGCUUACCUUAACCAGAAAGGUUACAUCGACGCAAUCAUGUCAGAUGAUUUUUGCUACCUCCUCUACGUCUUCCAAUCCGUUCUCAACUCAUCAUCCGCUAUCAGCAUGUCGGUCAAGUUGUCAGGAAACAGAAACAACCCUGCGUUGAAUUUAGAGAACAAAAAAGACGCCCAUCAUGUCAUGCUCUACACAGCAGAAGCGGUCAAAGACAAUACAGAAAUUGCUCUGACCAGGGGUGGUCUCGUUCUCUUUGCACUUUUGUCAGGCGGAGACUAUCACAAGGGUGUCGGCAAGGUUGGAAAGGCCCUUGCUCAUGGCCUCGCUCGUUGUGGUUUCGGUGACCAAUUGUUGGAGGCCUACAGUCAGCCCCCGGGAGCUUUCGCCACAUUCUUAUUUCAGUGGAGGUCAAACAUAAACUCUGAACUGAGGGACAAUUCUCGUGGUUUUCUUCCCCAUAAAUACACUAUGGUCCUUCCUGACGACUUUCCCGACCUUGACGUGUUAGAAAAGUACGCCAACCCUCUCAACAAUGGGCAACCCGGAAGUCGAGGAUGCAGCCCACUCCGAGAUAAAGGUAGCCUCGACCUCGGGCGAAUCGCCGGUCUCUGCGAGAAGUAUUUCGAAUGGGGGUAUACGUCAGAGAUACUGAAGAGAUUUAGGAGCAUGAUGUGGCCCGCUGCCGUCAUGAAUAUUCUACGACGUGCUGUUCUCGAAGCCGAUGAGAAGGAACAAAAGAUGGGCAACCUUGACGCAGGUUCUCCUCUCCUCUCCCGUACUUUAGUUGUAGGGACGCCGGCUUCCCUCAUACAAAAGUAUCUCGGUCGCACCAACCAGGCGGAUAUAACCGACAGAUAUGCAGAGGUGUUCGUGAAUCCAGGUCCACAAACUCGGGGGAGACAAUUACCUGAUGUGCCCGACCCCUUCCCUCUCAUUCGUAAAGUUGUGGGAACUCGACGGCAUGCAUCCACCGACUACCUCCUGGAAUACCAGGUCGAAAUAAUCCCAAGCCAAUUAGUCACCCUCACUCGGUCGGGCAUUCGAGGAAUUCGACCAGAACCUUCACAGGCUGAGCGUGGUACAAAAAAGUCAGUAGAGCUUUCUGACAGCAGCUUGCUGCUAUGGAUACCAGCUUCUGUCCUGUGUCAAGUUCAUCCAGCCAUCAUUGAGGAUUUCGCUUCUUCGGAACGUCCGCGGAAACGAAAGAUAAAAGGGGCUUCCGCUACUGAAGAGAAGUCCUCUUUAGGCGCUGUGUCCGGGUCCUCAGUGGAGUCUGAAAUAAAUCAUGGAUUCCUGUUUUCAUUUCCAGAUCCCGGAAACAUUUCCAUAGACGAGGGCGGUAGUGUCGAUGACGACGCCUCUAUCGACGGGAUUGAGCUAGACGAUAGCAAUCCAUGCUCUAAACUUGACCGACUGUUUGAUCAAAUCUUGGACGCACCUCUAAAAGCUUGCUCUGUAAAAAGGAGACCUGAGCAACGCGAACUUGAGAUGGAAAAGCCUCCCAAACGACACAAAACGAACAAGUCUACCUCCCCAGCACCAUCUUAUACCCGAAGAGUUGAGCCUAUCACGUAUGGCGCAGACAUCCCUGAUCUAACUGACUCUGACGACGACCUCCCGUCACAUUUAUUAAAGUCUUCAAGUCCCAGGAGGUAUCCAUCCCACACCAGAGACUUUAUAGAUCUCACAUAA